GGAUAUUGUCUGUGGUUGUUGCUUUCACGCACUCUCACGCUGGCAUUUAUGAGUCGUCCGAGUUGCGCACGUCACUUGUUUAUUCACUAUCCGUGGAAUCAUGCAGAAUGCAGCAGAAGACUGAUGCAGAGUCUGCUGACAGAAGCACAGAAGCUCAAAGAAACUUGUUCGCAUCGUAUUUUCAUUUCGUACUCUGACAGUCCAUUCAAAUUUAAAAAAUGAUUGACACGCUUUGUUUACUACAUGCGGCGAUACGAUUGCGAAACAGUGUUUAAGAAUAAUUGUUCCAUUGUGCAUGGUUAAAAAUGAGAGAUUUAGAAAAAUGAGUGUUCAAUCAAACACAUUUGAUACGUCGCAAUAUUACAUGGAAGCACGACUCGCGAAUAUAGCUACAUGAAAAAGUAUUGAAAAGUAGCUAAUAAAAAAUGAGUUCGUUUGAUUUAAAUAUGCCGCACGCGGACAAAAUUCUUCUGCUUCUCGAGGAGCUCUGCGACCUCUCCUAUCCUCAUGUGCAGCAAAAGUUAAACAAAUACAUACAAACUGAAACAAACUCAAAGUUAUCUUUUCUUGUACCAAUUUUAAUAGAGUCAGAGGAAAUGGUGAUCCAUGUGAUCGGAGAAGAAAUUUUAGGUAGAGAAAUAAGAUUUCCUAUGUUGAAUAAUAUCUUAUACAAGACUAUACAGAAUAAGGAACCGGUAACCAUGGAUAUCGAAACGCUCGACGACGAAUUAUUACGUCAUCUUCGGCCGAUAUGUCCAACGUCAAAUUCGUUUUUAACGAUACCUAUACAACAUCCAAAGCAGAAUCAUGUAGCACUGGUAGUAUCUCUGGUUAACGACGACGACAACAACAAAGAAAAAACUGCACAUAGUUGUAUAGAAAUUGUUCAAGAAUGUUUUAGGUACGAGAUUACUUUUACUAUGUUAAAAGAAUUAAUCGAGUCUCGAGUCAAAUCUACGAACGUAUCGAACGAUUUGAAAUUUGUAAUAAUUCUCUUUAGAUAUAAUUACAAAUUUUUUCUUCAACGUAGAUUCUGCCUAGGAUUUCUUUUAAAUUCGUUAACAUGUUACGAAGAAACUCGACUGAAACGCCAGUGUCAAAAGUUACUGGCUGUUUCUAGGAAACUUUUUACCCAUUUAGGAGACUUUUCCGAUCUUUUACGAGAAAUAAUGGCGGAAGUCAGAAAUUUAACAAACGCCGAGCGAUGUUCGUUAUUUCUUUUGGACCCCGAUCAACAAGAUUUAGUUGCUAAAGUGUUUGACGGUAUUGCCAUGAAAGAACCUGUGAAGGAAAUGAGAAUACCGAUAGGGCAAGGUAUAGCAGGUCAUGUUGCAACCACUGGCAUGUUAAUUAAUAUUAGAAAUGCCUAUGAACAUCCUCUUUUCUAUCGUGGAAUAGAUGAAGUGACAGGCUUUAGAACUAGAAAUAUUUUAUGUUUCCCAAUUAGGGACGAAAAUGGAAUUGUUGGAGUUGCGCAACUCUGUAACAAAAAGGAUAGACUAUAUUUCGAUGUUUUCGACGAAGAAGCCGCAACAGCAUUUAGUAUUUACUGUGGAAUUUCUAUAAUGCAUAGUAUCGUUUAUAAAAAGAUGCAAGAUGCUCAAGCAAGAAACAAGCUCAGCAAUGAAGUAAUGAUGUAUCAUAUGAAGGUGGAAGAAGACGCUGUUCAAGCGCUAUUGAAUUGCAAAGACGAACACAAUAUAAAAGAUUUCGAUAAAUUCCAGUUUACUCCUAGAAGUGUACCUUACAAGCAUAUACCCUGUUAUACGAUCAAAAUGUUCAAUGAUUUAGGUCUUAUUAAACACUGGAAAAUGAAAUUAUCAACUCUAGCUAGGUUUAUAUUAUAUGUUAAGAAGGGAUACAGGGACGCACCUUAUCAUAAUUGGGUACACGCAUUCUCUGUGGCACAUUUUGCGUAUUUACUGAUGAGAAAUUUGCAUCUCAUUACCGACAAUUAUAUGACGCAUUUGGAAGCAUUAGUUUUUUUAGUAUCCUGUUUGUGUCACGAUAUAGAUCAUAGAGGAACCAAUAAUUCAUUUCAAACUAAAUGUAGCACGGUAUUGGCUAGCCUCUACAGUUCCGAGGGUUCUGUAAUGGAGAGACAUCACUUGGCACAGUCUAUGUGCAUUUUAAAUACCGAAGAUUGUAAUAUAUUUGAAAAUUUUAAUAGCAACGAAUACAGUGAAGCAUUAGACUUGUUAAGAAACAAUAUACUCGCGACCGAUUUAGCGUCCCAUUUUCGCACCGUAGAAAAACAGGAAGAGAUGAUUAGAGAAAAGUACGAUAAAACGGAUCCCAAGCAACGAAAACUAUUUUUCGAUAUGCUUAUGACGUGUUGCGACUUGAGCGACCAAACCAAACAAUGGAAAGUUUCGAAAAAGACUGCAGAACAAAUUUAUGAUGAAUUCUUCUCACAAGGGGACUUGGAAAAAAGUAUGGGUAGUUCUCCUAUCGAAAUGAUGGACAGAGAGCGCGCGUCGAUACCAGACCUACAAGUUCAAUUCAUUACAAAUAUAGUUCUUCCACUUUUUAUUAACGUUUCCAUAUUAUUUCCGAUGGUAGAACCACUGGUUCAUGUGUUAAAAGAAAAUCGAGAUUUGUGGCAAGUGUCUAAAAUUGUAUUUCAAAAAUACACGAAAGCAGGAAUGAAAGGUAUCGAUAUUUUACUAGAUCCUACUUUCGAAGAAGAAGUCCUACAAAUCUAUACUCGGUGCAAUAAGGAUUCGUCGCGAAUCUCUACAAUCAACAUAGAGUUGGAGGAAACGGAAAGUAAUAUUAAAAUGAUUGAUACAUCGGGAUAGAGGAUUUAAUAUGUUUUUCAUGAAAAAGAAUUCGUGACAUAUACAAAUCGUGAUAGUUUUUAUAAUUCAGAAGCAAUAGAAGAGCUUGUUAAUUACCAAAUAUAUGUAGAUCGACUGAAAUUUGUUUAUUAAAAGAGCGCUGGCGUUCUGAAAAAUAUUUAUUGUAUGAUUAACGUGUAUUAAAAUGUUAUUUAAUAUUAGCUUUCUUUUGUAUCGUAUCGUAUGUAUAUGCAUGUGUUCGCAAGUAUGUUUUGUUUUACUCUCACCAGAUAGGCACAUCGAGGUACCAUUACAUACCUCAAACAUAUACUGCCUACGUAACCACCUAACAUUUUUGUGUGUCAUGCUAUUUAAUCUUUUUUUCAAGUAUAUUAAAUAGCAUUGAGAAACAAAUGAAACAUAGUUCCUAGAUUCCUACGUAUACUUCAUGGAGAAAUAUAUGUAUAUACGAUAUACCGAUUCGCCGUAUUGUUUCAAAUUUCACGGUUAAUUAAAACUGUUGUCAAUUAAAUUGUUUGAAUUUUUCAUAUAGUAUACAUAUAGUAUAAUGUCUCUGACCAAUUGUAAUUGAAAUUGCAAUAAUUUUCAGAUUUUAUUUUUUUUUAAAGAUAGAUAGGUAUUUUUCUUUAAAAAAUAAGUUACAAAAAUCUAAGUGCAAUUAAACGAAAUACAUUAGUCUGUAAAAUCGUAUUUACAUCGAAAUCUUUUCUAUAUAAAAAAGGGUAAAAUAUAAUUAUAGAGUAAUGUAAUUUAAUGUGAUAAAUAAUUAUGCUAUUACAUGAGAGUGACACGUUAUACACGAAUACAUAAGAUUAACAGUCCCAUUUAAGUUAAAGUACAAGUAGAAUUUAACUUAAAUUAUACAACAUUUGUAUAAAUCAUAAGAUCAAGAUUGUAAAUUUUACCGUAAUAAUUUUUUAACAAAAUUUUUGUUGAAUUUCUCUGUAUCGUUAGAUUACUUGUUUUAAUAAACUAAAAUUAAAUGAGAAACUGUCAAAAAGA